UGUCAGUCAAAAAGUAAACCCUAAAUUAGAAUUUGUCAGCCCCUCGAUCAGAUUUUAACCCUAAACUAAUCGAUUAUAACCCUCUCUUUUAAACCCAAAUUUGUAUAAGGGUUGCAUCUGAGAAGAUGGUUUCCACUUUUUCCAGUAAUUACUUUUCUGUUCAGAAAGCUGCUACUCUCUGUCGCACGGCUAAAGCCUAAAAGCCUUUUGGGUUUCGCCAUUCUGUGGCGUUUGAACCAAAUCUUAAGCUCCUUAUGGCUAAUGGCUUGCGAACCUGGGUUUCUCCGAAAGCAGCUCGCUGUCGCUGUGAAGAGCAUCCAAUGGAGCUAUGCGAUCUUCUGGUCACCGUCGAUUAGGCAACAUGGGGUACUGGAAUGGUGUGAUGGCUACUACAAUGGAGACAUCAAGACGAGGAAAAUGGUUCAAGCUGAAGAUGUUCAUGUCGAUAUUAUGGGCUUACAUCGAAGUGAACAAUUGAGAGAGCUCUACAAGUCUCUCUUAGACGGUGAAAGUGAGCAACGAGCGAAAAAGCCUCCCGCCUCUUUGUCUCCUGAAGAUCUAUCUGAUGCUGAAUGGUAUUACUUGGUUUGCAUGUCCUUUUUUUUCAAUCAAGGCCAAGGUUUGCCUGGAAGAGCGUUAGCUGAUGAUCGAACUAUCUGGUUAUGCAAUGCUCAAUAUGCAGAGAGUAGCGUAUUCUCCCGCUCCUUGCUUGCGAAGAGUGCAUCGAUUCAGACUGUGGUGUGCUUUCCUUACCUUGGCGGUGUUAUUGAACUAGGUGUAACUGAGCAGGUAAUAUUCAUAAAGAAUCAUCUGUUUCACAAAUUGUUUAUUUAUGAAUCAACAUCAUAUGUUUCGGGACAUCAUAUGUUUCGGUACCAUGUUUCGUGUUUCAUGCGCUGUCCUUUUAAGGUUUCGGAGGAUCCUAGUCUUCUUCAACAUGUCAAAGAUUUUUUACUGAAGUUCUCAAAGCCGAUAUGCUAUAAGAAAUCGUCUUCCUCUGCUUAUAAAGAUGAUAAUGGUAAAGAACCAAUGGUUGCCAAAUCUGACAAUGAGAUUGUUGAAGUUUUGGCUAUGGAGAACGUCCACGGUUUGACAGCUGCGAAAUUCAGCAGGAAGGCAGUGAAUGGGAUUCAAAGGAAAAACGAUGAGUUCGGUAUUGAUUCUCUUGAUCGUUUUUCCAAUGGUUGUGAACGAUUUCACCAAAUGGUAGAUCCUUUAAGACUUGAAGGUGUCGAGGGAGGGGCUUCGUGUUUUCAGAGUUUGCAGUUUCUUGAUGACGACUUCAGUUACGGUUUUCAAGAUUCCAUGAAUCCUAGUGACUGUAUUUCUGAAGCUUUGGCAAAUAAUCCGGAGAAAGUCUCAUCGAAAGGCACGAACGAUUUAUCUUUGAAAGAGCUUCAAAACUCGAACCGCACUAAGUCAGUUUCCUUAGAUCCUAGAACUGAUGAAGACCUGCACUACAAGAGAACUAUCUUCACCAUUUUGGGAAGUUCAACUCAAUUGGCUAGAAGUCCUCUUCUUCAUAGUUUCUCAAGCAGAUCGAGUUUCAUGCCAUGGAAAAAAGGAAUGGCCGAGAUAAACACGGCCCCGGUGCAACAAAAGAUGUUGAAGAAUAUUUUGUUCACGGUUCCAUUAUUAUCUGCUGGUUGUUCUCUAAAUCGCCUCAAGGACGGGGAACGGUCGAUCUUGAAACAGGGUAACGACGAUUUUUGCACGAAAGAUGUCGUGCACGACAAAUUAAGAGAAAAUGAGAAGUUUAUGGCUCUUAAGUCCAUGCUACCUUCACUUAAUGAGAUCAACAAAGUAUCGAUACUCAACGAUACAAUCAAAUAUUUGAAGAUGCUCGAAGCAAGAGUACAGGAGUUGGAAACUUGCAUGGACUCAUUAUAUUAUGAAGAAAGAUUUAGAAGGAAAUAUCUUGACAUGGUGGAACAGACAUCAGAUAACUAUGACUAUGACAAGAUUGAAGGCACCUUAAAACCUUCAACGAACAAGAGAAAAGCCUGUGAAAUGGAUGAAACUGACCUUAAGCUGAAGAAUGACAUUCCCAAAGAUGGCCUUAAACUAGAUGUGAAAGUCACCAUGAACGAGCAAGAGGUUCUCGUCAACAUGCACUGUCCUUAUCGAGAAUAUAUAUUGGUCGACGUCAUGGAUACUUUGAACGACUUGCAACUCGACGCCCACUCGGUUCAAUCUUCUGAUCAUAACGGCGUUUUCUCCUUGACCCUCAAGUCUAAGUUUCAAGGGAUGGUGGCUGCAUCAGUUGGGAUGGUCAAACUAGCACUUUUGAAGAUUGCCAACAAGAGUUGAGCCAAGCCGAACCGAACCGAGCGGAGAAGAAAGCUUAGGAUCAAUGGUGAAGCAUUUUCUGUAAGUCAGUAGAGUUCAAAUGAGUAGAAGCAAAGGAGCUGACCUUCUAACAUCCUCCCCUUGGGGCUUACAAAUUAGGCAAGAUUAGCAUCAACUGAUUAGAUUACCUUGCUUAGCUUUUGAGUGAUGAUAUCUGAUCAUUUACUGUUGUUAUUUGCUACCCAUAAUCAACUUACCAUGUUCUAAUUAUGAGAGUUGUAAUUUCUUAUCAGUAUAGGUUAAUAGCUAACUAGGCUGCACUUAUUUUUUGCAACCCAACCCGAGAUUUCUACUUAGUA